AUGGAUCGGUGGUUGCUCGGCAAACGGAAAGCUGGCGAUGAAGAUUUAACUGCAGAUUCAUCAGAAACUCAAGAUGAAUCUACAAAAGAAAAAAAAAGGAGACGGAGAAAGUACUCAAGUGAGUAUCUGUCGCUGGGAUUUACAAGUGUGGGACCCGAAGACAACCCCCGGCCUGUCUGUGUGCUCUGCAUGGAGGUGCUAGCAAACGAGGCCCUGAAAACAUGUAAACUGCACCGCCAUCUACAAACUAAACACGGACAGUAUUCAUCCAAGCCGCGGGAGUUUUUUGAAAACAAGCAAAAAGAGUAUGUGAGCCACAAGAAAGCAAUUGAAACAACGUGUGUCACUGGGAGUGAAAAUGCCAAGGCAGUGGAGGCAUCUUACAGAGUGGCAAAGCUAAUAGCAAAGACUGGAAAGCCACACACCAUCGGGGAGGAUCUGAAUUUACCUGCUGCCAAAGAGAUGGUUGGUGUGAUGGUUGGCGAAAAACCAAGACUAAAUGUGAUCUCUUUGUCUAAGAACACAGUGAAGCGCCGUAUUGAUGACAUGGCUAAAGAUGUGUUAAAGCAGCUAGUGAGCAGAAUACGAGCGAGCCAUUUUUAUGCUCUCCAGAUUGAUGAGUUCACAGACAUCGCAAGCUAUGCAAAUUUGCUUGCUUUUGUCAGAUAUGAAUAUAACGGAGAAAUACAUGAAGAUUUUCUGUUUUGCAAGCCUUUACCAUCACACUCUACGGGAGAAGCCAUUUUUGAAACUCUGAAUGAAUUUAUGGUUUCCAAUGAAAUAGAAUGGACAAAAUGUGUGGGGAGCACCAAUGGAGCCAGGGCCAUGGUGGGAAAACUGACUGGAGUUGUGAAGCAUGUCAAGGAUGUGGCCCCGCUGGUUACAGCUGUCCACUGCAGCAUCCACCAAGAGGCUGCCACAAAGACUAUGCCUGCAGAUUUGAAGAUGGUUUUGGAUGAAGCUGUGAAGACUGUAAAUUUCAUCAAAAGUUGCCCACUGCAGUUGCGCCUGUUUGGCAUACUGUGCGCGGAGAUGGGAAGCGAACACCAGCAGCUUCUCCUGCACACUGAAGUCCGCUGGCUUUCACGUGGCAAAGUGCUCACCUGACUUUUUGAACUGCGUGAUGAAGGAAAAGCAGUGACCGUGUUUCAAGUCCAGAGUAAGAUCAAAGCCACAAUAAGAAAGUUCGAGCUGUGGGACAGAAGAGUCACAUCAUCCAUCUCAUUAGGAAUCCUGACAGAGUUAAUUGACUGGGCUGGAUUCCCUGGAGUGGACCACGGGCCUUCCUGCCGGUGGUUCCUGAGACGGAGCGAUACGGGCCGAGACCGACAAGAGCCAGGGAAGAGGAAGACGGCAGGUGGAGAGACAGCAGCCUCGGACCCCCCCGUGCUGAGCUACGGUGCCGUGGAGCUCUGGACCUCACUGUGCGGUGUCGAUGAGGAGGAGCUGAUGGCUGGGAGGCCUGACGGUGAGAGCAACAGCGUGCCCUCCACCUCUGUCUGGGGUGGAAGAGUCCCAGGAGGGGAGACCAGGUUGGGGAGGGGAGCCAACCAGGCCGGGGGUGAAAUGGUGUGA